GCGUUGGGGCAGCUCCUGUGACAGACGGAGCUGGAGCGGCGGGGCGGCGGCGGAGUCUGGCGGCCGAGAUAGCUAGUGAGCUAGCGAAAGAGCAGCGACCCCGGAGUCUAGGGAUCAAAAAAGAGAAAGAGGGGAGCGCCCGGGCGCGAGCGAGAGAAACCGCGAGCGCCGGGCUUGGGUUCGAGCCCCGGAACGGCUGAGGAGCCCGUCCGCUCCCCUCCCCUCCCCCUUCCCGGGCCCGGGCCCAGCGCGCCAUCCUCCCCCUCCCUCCUUCCCUCCCUCCCUCCUUCCUCCCUUCCCUCUCCCUCUCCCCCUCCCCCGCCGGUGGAUGGGAGUGAAGGACGGAAGAGGCCCUGCGGAGGCAGCUGUGCAGCGCUCCGGUGGAAUGAAUCUUACUUGUUGACUCUCUCCUGGUUACUUGUUGAAUUCACUUGUGAAAGAAUCAUCUUCUCCUGUGUGGAAGCCACUUUGUGGCGUAUUUAAUUAUAAAUCCAGGGAUCACAGAGCUUUUUGAUUUCCCAAAGGAGGGGACAUACCACUAUAUCAAAUAAGCUUGACAUUACAGCCAAAAUGGUGCUGUCCCAGAGACAACGAGAUGAACUAAAUCGAGCUAUAGCAGAUUAUCUUCGUUCAAAUGGCUAUGAAGAGGCAUAUUCUGUUUUUAAAAAGGAAGCUGAAUUAGAUAUGAAUGAAGAAUUAGAUAAGAAAUAUGCUGGUCUUUUGGAAAAAAAGUGGACAUCCGUUAUUAGAUUACAAAAGAAGGUUAUGGAAUUAGAAUCAAAACUAAAUGAAGCGAAAGAAGAAUUUACAUCGGGUGGACCUCUUGGUCAGAAACGAGACCCAAAAGAAUGGAUUCCCCGUCCACCAGAAAAAUAUGCAUUGAGUGGUCAUAGGAGUCCAGUCACUCGAGUCAUUUUCCACCCUGUGUUCAGUGUUAUGGUCUCUGCUUCAGAGGAUGCUACAAUUAAGGUGUGGGAUUAUGAGACUGGAGAUUUUGAACGAACUCUUAAGGGGCAUACAGACUCUGUACAGGAUAUUUCAUUUGACCACAGUGGCAAGCUUCUGGCUUCCUGUUCUGCAGAUAUGACCAUUAAACUAUGGGAUUUUCAGGGCUUUGAAUGCAUCAGAACCAUGCACGGCCAUGACCACAAUGUUUCUUCAGUAGCCAUCAUGCCCAAUGGAGAUCAUAUAGUGUCUGCUUCAAGGGAUAAAACUAUAAAAAUGUGGGAAGUGCAAACUGGCUACUGUGUGAAGACAUUCACAGGACACAGAGAAUGGGUACGUAUGGUGCGACCGAAUCAGGACGGCACUCUGAUAGCCAGCUGUUCCAAUGACCAGACUGUACGCGUAUGGGUUGUGGCAACAAAGGAAUGCAAAGCUGAACUUCGAGAACAUGAGCAUGUGGUGGAGUGCAUUUCCUGGGCUCCAGAAAGCUCAUAUUCUUCCAUCUCUGAAGCAACAGGAUCUGAGACUAAAAAAAGUGGCAAGCCUGGGCCAUUCUUGCUGUCUGGUUCCAGAGACAAAACUAUCAAGAUGUGGGACGUCAGUACUGGCAUGUGCCUUAUGACUCUUGUGGGUCAUGAUAACUGGGUACGUGGAGUUCUUUUCCAUUCUGGGGGGAAGUUUAUUUUGAGUUGUGCUGAUGACAAGACCCUACGUGUAUGGGAUUAUAAGAACAAGCGAUGCAUGAAGACCCUCAAUGCGCAUGAACACUUUGUUACCUCCUUGGAUUUCCAUAAGACGGCACCGUAUGUGGUUACUGGCAGUGUAGAUCAAACAGUAAAGGUGUGGGAGUGCCGUUGAUUGAGUCUCAUUUGGCCCCUCCUCCCUUUUUUCCUCUGGAUGCACUCUGAUGAUACCAUGGUUACCCUAUUGAGCUCUGUUUAAAUAAAUAUUGUCCUUUCAUGUAAAUUA